CUGUGAUAUUGGUGGAAUAUUGCUAAAAGCGGCGUAAAACCAUACUCACUCACUCACUUGACUGCAAUCACACCUUCAGUCGGAAAUAUGCCAUCAAGUACACCAAAACCAGACCAGAAGCCAUCAGCGCAAUGUGUCCUCCAUGUCCAUUCUGAAGAAAGAUGCAUGACGAACGUAUCUGACACUAAGAGACCUGGGUGCCGAUGUACAAAACAACCUUUGUGCUAUGACUACCUUAAGUCUAUGUUAAGGAAUUGGGGUAACGGUCACCUUAGCGCUAAGAUCGCUUUGUACAACGGCACCCAGUUGAGGAAUGGGCAGAUGACGUCAAGCCAAGAACUCUGGGAUUCGUUUGGUCCAGGAUAUGAAGAUGGCAACCUCACAGAAACUGACAGAGCAUUUCCUAUCCUGUGUCAUUUGUACCGAGGUGUUUGGCAACCCUUGUACACUUGACUGCAAUCACACCUUCUGUCGGAAAUGUGUCAUUAAGUACACCAAAACCAAACCAGAAGCCAUCAGCGCGCCAAGUCUCUCCUGUGUCCAUUCUGCAGGAAGAUGACAAAAGUGUCUGAUCCCAAGAGACCAGUAGAGGAUUGGGCGGAUGACAUCAAGCCUAGUUUUCUCAUCCAGGGUCUCUUGGAUUCAUUUGGUCCUGGGUCUAAAGAUACCAUGUCCUGCAGUUACUGUAAAGAUGAUGGGGAGACAAUUCCAGCUGACGUUUGGUGCUCGGUCUGUGAUGACGCCUUCUGCCAGAAAUGUGCAAGAGUGCACAACCGUAUCCCAGCAACACGUCAUCAUGAUGUCACUGAACUGUCUGGAGAGGUGAAGGUCAGAAGAAAGAGGAAGGUCAUGUGUGGAGAGCACAAUGAGGAACAUAUAAAAUUCCUAUGUAAAGAUUGUAAGAGAGCCGUGUGCCACACAUGCUGUACCAUCCACCACAGGAAAUGUGACCAGGUUGUCACCAUUGAGUCCGAGCUGCAGACAAUGAAAAGUGUCAUCACAAUGACAAGGACAAAGUUAUCUACAAAACAAGAACAGGUGAAAGAGCAUGUUGAAAAACAGCAAUCCAAAGUUCAAUCAGAAACAGCACGACAUGAACAAAUGGAAUCACUCAUUCAGUCAGCAUCCAGGAAAGCCAUAGACAAGAUUAAUCUAAAGGAAAAGAAGCUCCUGGCUGAACUGAAAGAGUUGUCAGACCAACACAUUGGGCAACUGAAAGCAGAUGUAAAAUCAGGCGAGUUGACAGUUCAGGUGUACCAACAGCAAGCUGAACUGAUAGACCAGGCUCUACAGUCUGAGUGUGACAUGGAUGUGUAUGAGAUGUAUCAAAGGUGUGAUACAGGUGAUGCGGAGGGUGUUGGAGAUGCAGACUUGAAGGAGAGGAGAAGAAUUGCGAGGAUCUCAUUUAGACAGGACAGCAGUGAGCUAAGCAGAGCAAUAGACAGUCUACAACUGGGGGAGAUUGACGUCUUAUAUGAAGGAGUAAUGGACCUGGACGCCAGUCCUGUGUCACUUGACACAAUCAACCCCAGAGUAGAAGGAGAUGGGAGUGCAACUGAUCCUUUUGACAUGACGAUGCUGGCUGCAGACGGAACAGAUACUAUUGUCAUCACAGACCAGUACAACAACUGUGUUAAGUCUUUCUAUACAAGGAACAGUCAACCCUGUCAGGGUCGACUAAGUCUGAACAGUCAACCAUGGGGUCUGACGAAGUUGAGUCACAAUCAGGUAGCUGUUGCAGUGCCACAGAUAAAAGAGAUAGUAACAGUCGGAGUCAACCCCGACCUGGUACUGCUGUCAACCAUCACAACCAGCAAAAUGUACGUGGGCAUUACAUCUCUGACACCAUCAACACUCGCAGCAAGUUCCCAGUCUCCUCCCUCUGUUGAUAUCCUAGAUAUGACAGGAAACGUGCUCAGGUCAAUCAGUCCUCAGCUGAAUAGUAACACUAUCUUACAGUUUCCCAACUACCUUUGUACUUUAAGGACAGGAAACAUCCUGGUGUCUGAUAGGGGAUCCAAUUGUGUCGUGUGUCUGACCCCUGAGGGUGAUGAAGUGUUCACCUUCAGACCUUCUGGAGAAACAGCACUGAAGUGUCCUCAGGGUAUCACAAGUACCUGCAGGGGUGACAUCCUGGUCACAGAAAUAUCUCAACACAGAGUCAUCCAUCUUACUGAGUCGGGACAGUUUGUAGGGAACAUCCUUACUGACAUAAAGUGUCCCCGUAGUAUUUGUGUUGAUAGGCAUGGUCAUGUAUAUGUUUUGUCUGAGGGUAUUAAUGUUUUCACCUUUUUGACUUAAUAACUGUGUAGAAAACAGUACUAUUACAGUUGAAGAAUAUUCCAUUCUGAAGAAGUCAAAACUAUAUUCUACAACACUGAAUACACAUUUACAGAAAUGUCAUUUCCAAGAAAGAUUUGAGAGUAUUUAGUCUUUUUACAAUGUGCUAAGAAGCCAUUGAAGGCACUACAUUGUCAUUGAAUUUCACUGUGAUAGAUACAGACGGUGGUUUCUGUGUGAGAGAUUCCGACUGUCACUGUGCUUUCAAUGUGAGUGAUUCAUAGGUCGACAUACCCGGUUUACCUAGCCCAGACAUUAUCAUCUACAGGUUGCUGUUGUAUAGCUGGUUACUGCAGUACUAUAUUUCAGUGCUUGUAACAGCCUAGCAGGUACAUAUUGUAAUAUACAGCCCUAAUUAUCUUUUCUCGCAUUUGGCCUCGGGUUAAUUCCGGUGUGUUUCCAUUCGACGAGUUUUCCCCGUCGGUAUAUAGGCAGUGAGUUUCAUUGCAUUUAUCCUCAGUCUUUGGAUUGUGAGACGUAAUACCGUUUGAAUAACAUUAAAAAAAACUACUCGAUGUUGUGUACAUUGUAAUCCAUAUCCUUUUUACCUGAUAGAACUUAUAUUUAACUGUCGUUUCGUCAGAGCUAUUGCUUCGGCAAUGUUAUCCAUGGAGGCGGCCAUAUUUGAUGAUGACGUCAUGAGUUUAUGUGUACACAGUUCGUUGACAAAAUUACUUUUGCAAAUUCUGUAUUUUAAGCGUCAAAAGACAUUUCCACAAUUAUAAUGAGUCCUGUGACGCUCUACAUUUAUUAUUCUGCACCAAUAAUAAAUUAAUAUGUUUUGCUUGUUGUUUUGUAAACAAAUUACGUCAUGAGGAUUGUGACGUAGUUCUGGUCAGUUGUCAGUUGACAGUUGACAGUUCUAGACUGAUUGUGGUGGAUGCGAGUCGCAGAUUUUCCGUAUAUAUUUUCACCGGUAUCUACCGAGAACACCACAAUAUUAUGUAAGUAUAAUAUAU